AUGACACUUCUAGAGAGACCAUCAGGAACGAACAAGGAAAAUCAUCAGACCAUCAUUGAUGUGGAUAGCGAUAACUGGGUUAUUGAUGAGUUGGGUUUUACUGACUUGUUCAAUCAACUCCUUCCCACCAUGCCAUGGAAUUCUGUCAUGGAUAGGAUGAUGAAGGAGCUUCAUUCACAUGGAAAAACCAUUGAAGACAUUGCAGAGGUUUUGAAACGUAUUCCUAUUCAUCCCCAGGUCGUCUCUGCUAUUAAAGCAGCUUAUGCUUUAGGGUGUGAGCUGAGGAUUGUAAGUGAUGCAAACAUGUUCUUCAUCGAGACAAUCCUGAAACAUCUCGGAUUGAAGGAUUAUUUCUCUGAAAUCAACACGAACCCAGGUUUCGUUGAUGAAGAAGGGAGGUUAAGGAUCUCUCCUUACCAUGAUUUCACUCAAUCUUCUCACGGUUGCAGUCUUUGCCCUCCAAACAUGUGCAAGGGUCUCGUAAUUGAAAGAAUUCAAGCUUCUAUGUCCAAGGAGGGAAGCAAGAAAAUCAUCUAUCUUGGAGAUGGUGCUAGCGAUUAUUGCCCGAGCUUGAAGCUUACAGAAUCAGAUUAUGUGAUGCCAAGGAAGAACUUCCCUGUGUGGGAUUUAAUUAGCAGAAAUCCCUUGCUCAUCAAGGCAGAAAUUAAUGAAUGGACUGACGGGGCAGAGCUGGAACGUGUUUUGCUCCAAAUUGUUGAGAGAAUUUCCAGGGAGGAGAUCAACAGCAAUUCUGCUCAGUUGUUGUCAGCUGAUUGCAAGUCACAGACUAUAUCAAUUGCUACCCAUGAAGCCUUGCCUCAGGCUCUCUCAGUUACUCAGUAG